CAACAUUGUGAAGUACAAGAUUCUCUACUUAGUUUUGUAUUAUCAUCUUCCUCAAAACUCUUUUUUUUCUUCCAUUUCCGAGUUACAUGUAAGAAUGAACGCAAAUGAAACAGAUAUUGUUAAUCCGCACAAGAAAAAUCCGAUGAAAAAGCUUGGGAGUUGGGAGAAGUUAUGUAACUUGGUAGGGAUAUCUCAUCACCCUCCAAAGCCAAAUGGCAUUCUAUUGGGUUUUGGUUCUAUGAUCGGAGCUUCAAUCAUCGUUUUUACAGUUUUUCUUUUCAUGUUCCCAUUUUUUUCACCGUCGUUUAAGAAUCCCAUACUUCAAGAUAAUCACCUCAAGGAGUUUUAUUACAAAUUACCGCAGUGGCCAUUCUCUACUACUGGUACUACCACUACUACUACUGCUGCUUCUUCGGCUCCGGAGAUUUUGAAAAACUUUACCCAAGACACUCAAAACGUUACUAAUAAUAGUACUACUCUUUUGAUUUAUUCUUCACCUUCCUUGGAACCAUUUGUGAAAAACUCCACUGAAGAAGGGUUCAGCAACUCAACCAGCGUUGUUUCUGUUGAUCUUCCUAAAGCUCAAGAGUUGGUGAUGAUAGAAGAGAAUAAAACUCCAAGUGAGCACAAUAGUAGUGCAGCUGCAGCAGCAUAUCAUGAGAAAGAAGAGCAAGAAAAUGCUCAUGAUGAAUACUGUGAUGCUAAUGUAUUUGAUGGUGAAUGGAUAAAGAUUGAAGACCGGAAACAGUAUUAUGAGGGUGGUUCUUGUCCGUAUGUCGAACCAUCACCUUACAAUUGUUACAUGAACGGGAGACCUGAUAAUCACUUCUUAAAAUGGCAUUGGCAGUCUCAGCAAACAAAUGCAAGAUGCAACAAUCUUCCCAGCUUCCUUGAUCCAACUGAUUUUCUAGAGAGGUUGAGAGGAAAAAAGUUGGUAUUUGCUGGGGAUUCUCUUAACAGAAAUAUGUUUGAAUCUCUAGUUUGUAUCCUUUGGAGUGCAAUUCCAGACAAGAGCAGAGUUUAUAGGAUCCCUGGAAAUGUCGAAUACAAUCUAAGAGGAGACAAUUCUUAUCGAUAUGAGGACUACAACUUCAGCAUAGUAUUUGCGUGGUCUCCAUUUUUGGUUAAUGAAACCAAUCCGAAGAAUCGUAGAGAUCCUGGACGCAGUAAGUUAAAACCGGAGGUAGAGACUCUAAGACUGGAUUUGAUUGACGAGCUAGCAUCAUCGGUGUAUCGAGAUGCUGAUGUUGUGGUUUUUGAUUCGUGGCAUUGGUGGAAUAUUGACAAAACUAAUCACGGGAAAAACUACUUCCAAGAAGGUAAUUACUUGCACCCAAGACUGAAGAUGGUUGAAGCAUACAAGAAAGGUCUAGCUACUUGGAGUAAAUGGAUUGACAACAACAUUGAUUCGAACAAAACUCAAGUUGUUUUCAGAGGAUAUUCAACUCCACAUUUCCAUGGGGGUAAAUGGAACACAGGUGGAAAAUGCAACAGGGAAACAGAGCCGAUCAAGAGCAGUGAACCAUAUAUAGAGAGGAAUCCUUCACAGGUGAAAGUACUAGAAGACACACUACGUAGAAUGAAGACACCUGUGUUAUAUCUUAAUAUUAGCAAACUAUCUUAUUAUCGAGCUGACGGACACCCUUCCUUAUAUUCAAAGAAUUUAACUGUGCAAGAGAGAAUUGCAGCUAUGGAUCAUCAAGAUUGUGUCCAUUGGUGCCUGCCUGGCGUACCUGAUACAUGGAAUGAGUUGUUGUAUGCUUCUCUCCUGAAGAAUCGUGAAGGAUCUUUUGGACGACUGUAGUACGAAAAAUUCUUAACUGAAUGGAAAUAGCAAGAAACAUUACAGAAACCACUAGUUGUGCUGUAGUUAUCCAUGGCAAAAGGGAUCGGGCGAGAGUUAAUUUCUUGGUAUGUUCAUAGUAGUACUAUAUGAUCCGACAGGCGUGCACUUUGGUAUUCAGAUUUCUGCAGCUUCUGCAAGAAGAAUUAGCUGAAUGUUAAAACUAAGACGGUAUUUAUAAGAACAAGUGUUUUGAAAGUGUAAUGGAUAGCAAACCAUGCCCACUUGCUCGUCAGUAAGGAUGUGAAGUCCAUUCAUCAUUCAAACGUUCAUCCCAGUGGACCUGCAUUCAGCUGCAGAGUUUUCCAGUUCAAAGGUAAGGUGAUUAACAUAGAGAUCUGUACGAGUAUGCACCCUACCACAGACUCUUUUGAAAAGGAAGAGUCAGCAUAGUUAUUCUGUAGUCUAUGCAGUGCAAAGUUUGAGAAUAAGUUCAUUUUGUGAAGUCCGGGCUGUCUAUUUCAAUUGGUUGAUUCACUAAGUUACUAAAGCUUCUUCUAAGUAAUCUAAGACUAAAUGCGAAAGGGAUCUUAUUUACUGUAUGUAUUCUGAACUUCAAAAUGGGUCUGAAAUUAAGGUAUUGGAUUUAGAAAAAGAAA